CAGACACGUACGCGACCACGAGUAAGCUGCUGCCCAUUACCACCAUCUCUCCCACCUCGAAAUGACAACUAUUACGCGCAAUCUUCCUUGGUUCAUCAAAGACCUCGGAGUGGCUGUCGUUGGCGAGAAAUGCUACACGUUGCUCGUCGAGGAUUUGGAUUUUGCCGACGUCGAGUGCUUGAAGUAUUCUCUUUCUAAGGGGCUGGGCGUUGGCAUUGUCAUAGGAGGCUCCAUCAUGAAAGUGCCCCAAUUAGUCCUCAUUGUGUCGGCGCGUUCUGCUCGUGGCCUGUCGUUGACCGCAUAUGUCCUGGAAACACUCUCGUAUGCGAUUACCCUCGCUUAUUCCUAUCGCAACCAUUUCCCCUUCUCGACCUACGGCGAGAACCUCUUUCUCACCAUUCAAAAUGUCAUCAUAACGUUCCUCAUAAUCUACUAUCCUUCCUCCCCCCGGUUGACGCGGAAUAAGCCAUCCACGCACCGCCUGGGCAUCGCCAUACUCUCCACGCUUGCCGUCGCCAUUUCACUCUUCUACCUGCCGACGACCACCCUGGCUCCUCUGCAGCUGGCCACGCUCCCUCUCUCGCUCUUCUCCAAGUUUCCCCAAAUCCAGCAGAACUAUCGCACAAAGAGUACCGGGCAGCUCUCAGCGUUCGCCGUCAUCUCGCAGAUCGGCGGCUGCCUCGCGCGCCUCUUCACCACUGCCACGGAGGUCGGCGAUCCGCUCGUGAGCGCCGGCUUCGCGCUCGCGCUCCUGCUGAACUGCGUCGUAGGCGCACAGCUGUGGAUGUACUGGGGCGCGGAUGUGAAAGAAGACCUGGCUCGCGUGCCGACGAUAGGCAUCACGGAGAAGGAUAGACACUGGCAGCCGGAGAGCCCCAAGGUCGAGGUGGUCGUCCCUCCGCAGUCACCCUCGAUGAGGCAGCCUGCGGGCCGGAAGUGGGCGAGAAAGGUAGAUUGAGUGCGAUAAGCUAGCCUGUUUAACCUAUUUGUGCGAUUUUGAUCAUCACCGCUAUGUUGCCGGAUCAUGACUGAGAGAUAUGUUCUAUGUCUCCUAUUUGACUUUUCUACCGUCAUCACGAAGCCUAUUUUGUCGCAUUACUCUGCUGCUGCGUGCGAGCAGAGUGCUCUCC